UGCGCUGCGCGGGGGUUGCGCGGGGCUUCGCGCUCCGCUCCCUGCGCCGCUCCGCUCUGUGCGUGCGGCCGCUGCGCGGAAAGUGCGCGGAGCAGCGCGGAGCGGGGCCGCCAUGGCGUGGCCCUGCAUCACCCGCGCCUGCUGCAUCGCCCGCUUUUGGAACCAGCUGGAUAAAGCCGAUAUCGCCGUCCCUUUGGUUUUCACCAAAUAUUCCGAAGCCACCGAGCAGCCCCUCCCCGCGCAAAUCCCGCGCAGCGCGGCGGCGCCCAUCGAUACCCAACCCGGCGGCGAUGCCGCGGCUGCGGGCGGGGGGGACGCGGCUCCCGGCCCCGCACGGCCCGGAACGGCCCCGCACGGCUCUCCGCCCGCGGACUCGGUGAUGCGGCACGACUACAAACCCUGGAAGGUGCAGCGCCCCGAGCCCAGCUGCAAACCCAAAAGCGAGUACCAGCCGUCCGAUACGCCCUUCGAGAAGGAGACGCAGUACCAGAAGGAUUUCCGCGCUUGGCCCAUCCCUAAAAGAGGGGACCACCCGUGGAUCCCCAAAGCGGGUCCUUCCCCCGUGCUCGUCCCCGAGCGCGGAUCUCCCGAGAAAGCGGCUCAGGAGAAGCGGAGGAAGAAGGAGGAGGAGGCGGAGGCGGACGAGGAGCAUCCCAAGGCGGCCCGGCCCGGGGAUGGCCGAGAGAAGGGGCGGCAGAGGGGCGAUGAGGCGGGCGGGCAGGAGGGCCGGGGCCGGGCGGCCGCCGAUGCUCUCAACCGGCAGAUCAAGGAGGAGGUGGUGGCGGCGGGGGUCAGCUCGUCCUACAGAAACGAGUUCAGACCUUGGAUAGACGUCAAGCCCGUGAAGGCUAUAAAAGCGAAGGCCCAGUACAAGCCUCCAGAGGAGAAAAUGACCCACGAAACCAGUUACAGCGCUCAGUUCAAGGGAGAAACCAGUAAGCCUGCUCCAGCUGAUAACAAAUUCCUGGAGCGCAGGAGGAUACGCACUCUCUACAGCGAACCUUACAAAGAACCUCCAAAGGUCGAAAAGCCUAGCGUAAAGCCUUCCAAACCAAAAAAGACCACAACAAGCCAUAAACCCUUGAAAAAGGCCAAAGACAAGCAGAUUGCAUCUGGACGGGCUGCCAAGAAAAAGAGCGCCGAGACCUCCAACACAGCAAAGCCAGAGGACAAGGAGAAAAGUAAAGAGAUGAACAAUAAACUGGCUGAGGCAAAAGAGUAAAUGUCACUGCACUUUCCUUUCUUUCUCUUUUUUCUUUUCCUCCUUCCUUUCCUUUUCUUUUUUCUUUUUUUUCCCUUUGAUUAAAUAAAGGCCACAAAAUUAAUUAGAGGCUUCUAAUCUGCUUUUUGUUCUGAUUGUAUUAGAAGCUUUUCUGUUUUAUUUCCAAGGAGGAUUAGCGAAUCCUUGUUUCUGAGGUCAGGUUGUUCUGCUUUGCCUGCACAACACGGCUCUGCACAGAGUGAGGAUGAGCGCAGGAGGGAUGUGGGAAUGCAUGAGGAUUGUAGGAGAUGGAGGUUAUGGGUCAGCCACCAUUGUGUCCAGCAGCCUGUCCCUGUCCUUGGUCCUUCAGUGCCCAUUGUGUCGCCAAGGGGCUGUGCUGUCAUCCCAUGAAGCCCUUUUUGGGGUUAGGCUUGGUCAUCUCCCACUGGUGUCAGCAGGCCUUCGAACAUGGAGAGGACCAGUGCUGUGGUUUGCCAUCAGUCCAUUAGAAUUGGUGGUGUGGCCAAGAGCCAUUUCUCCUGGUGACACCAGUUGAAGUUUUGCUCCAGCAACGGGGAAGGAAAUCCCAUUGCAAGUAAAGGGCCAAAUCAUCCCCUGGCAUAGCUGUGAUAGAUGUUGUUGCAUCAGGGCAGCUUCGCUCAUCAGAACCACUUGAAGGCCUUGAUACAAGAUAGGAGUGAGGGAAGGUAUUGAGGUCAGUUGGAGACUUCCCAAGUGUGUGGCUGGUCAGACCAGGUUAUCUGCAGGCAGUUCUUCCCAAUUGUUUCCCUUAGGAUGUGCAUCUUUUUGAUUGUCUCUGGUUUGUUUUGAAUCUUGGUCUGUUUUCUUUACUCCUGGAGUGCCAGUAGGCAGAGCUAGAUUCCAGAACAAGGUUUCGUUUGCAGAUGUGACUUUCCAAGGGGUAGAAGGGAAUGACUCUCCUAGGUUGGCUGGAGCCAACAGACUCUGUUACUUUGACUCUGGCUGCUGAAGCUCAUGCUGGCUUGUAAGCACCCUGGCAGGACCAUAAACCAGUUGCUGGGAUCCUCAGAGUGCCUUCAAGCAGGAUCUCAGGUUUUCAGUGCUAUUUACUGUUCCCAGCAAGACUAGUCUGGAAGCUACAAGCAGAGUGGGGCCAUUUGUCAGUGAAUAUGAAGUAGGCCAGCACUCACAUGUUGAGGAGAUGGGGCAGAUUUCUGCAUGCUGGUGGGCCAGACUGGCAUAGCACACUCCAGAAUUUGGGUCAUAGAGCCAGUGGGAGCUGGGUGAGGUGUGGUCCCAAUCCAGAUUUGCUGUGUAACUCUUGGAUCUGGUCUUAAAUAUGUCAGGAUUAACUCUGAUCUGAUCAAAGUGAGCUGUGAAACUCUCCCGUAGCAACUGCACAGAGAGGGUGCAAGUCAAGAUAAAGGGAGCUUCUUUGUUUUUGCAGUUCUAUGUUUCCAUCCUAACACGCAGAAACUUCCAGAGAGCAGACAAUUGGGAAGAACGAAGAGAGAUGGGAGGUGGGACAGGGAGGUGAUAGAAGAGGAAUUUCAGAAUUGUGUUGCUGUAGAUAUGUUGGAGUGAGGAAAGUCUUGCUGCUAGGAUAUUUUAGAGAUGUGAAACUAAUAGGAAAAGAAGUGGGCUGAGAGGGUGAAGAGUCUCAGUUUUGGAAUCUCGCCCCAUUAGAAUUGGAUCUUCUGGAAACAUGUGUGAGUGAUGGGCUAUGAGGCUGAAAAAAGUUUUGGAAGAGGAGGUGAGCUCUGUGAUAUACAGAUAGUGACAUUUGCUGGCCUUAGUAAUGAAUAAAUGCCAAGUUCAGUGUAUUGUGUGAUGUGUCCUGUUUGCCUUGCGCUAACAGCCUAAAGCUUUGAGUAUAAGUAAGUGUAGUGUUCUGAAUUCAGUGGUGUAUUUCCAAGCUUAGCUGUGUUAGAACUGUGUGCUACGAGCUAGUCAGGUUGUGUAUGUGGAAAAUAUAUAUUCAUAUAUAGAAAUAUAUAUAUUUAAGCCUCCGAUAUUUAGGAGGAAACCAGGGAAAUCCUCCAGGAAGUAAAACUGUGGAAAUCUUUGCGAAUGUAAUGCAUUUUUGAUGUGCAUGCUCCAUGGAGACGCUGACCUGUCCAUAGUGGCCAUUGCUUUUCUGAGUGCUCAGAAUCCCCCGCAGCACUGCUGGAGUGCAAAGCUCAGCUCUGCCUGCAGAGCAGCUCGGCAAAAGGCUUGCGUUGAGCUUGCAGAGGGGAGUGCUGCCCCCAGCUCUUCCCACCCCAGCACACGAGGGGCAGCUGGCCAGAGGACCUGAGCUUCCAGGACUCUGUGUGAUUUCUUGGCGUUUAGAUGCUCCAGCCAUCUUCACACUCUCCAGUGAAGUCCAUUCUUGUCUCAGGAUAUAGCAACAGCUGUGAAGAUGACGUGUCACAGCAGGCAGAAAAUGUCAGGAAGGCAUGUAGACAGUUAUCAAUAGCCCGCCACGCCGUACAAAAAGACCAUGCAAAACCAUUCUUGGAAUUAUUUUUUGGCCCUAAGUUUCACAUUUGAAGAGAGAGUGCAGUUACCACUGUUUUGAUUUGCAUUCAGCGGUAAUUCAUCCCUUGAUUCAACGGGAACCAAAUUUUGCCCAAAGGACUGUCAGUAAGAGCCGUGCUCAGACCAUCUGCACCAAGCAUAUCCACAGUCUGGAUCAACUACUCGAUAUCCAGGUCUUUGGGAUUGCUUCUGCACCACGAACAGCAUCCAUCGUGGUGUUUGCAUUAAAAAUGCACAGUGAGUGGUCAGAAUAUGGCCUCACGUUUCCUUAAUGAUGGUUUGGGUGGCAUCCAACUACAAAGCUAGAUGUGAAGGGUUAGCCAGCCAAAGCUCCUUCAGUGGAGACACCUUCCAAGAGCCAUUGAUCUACGUGCUUCGGACACCUCUUUGGGUGGGAUGCACGACCCUUGGAAGGUUUCCAUUUUUGCAGAAUUAAAAUGAGAAACUCUCAGGGCCUCCAUCUCCGAUAGCCACAAAGCAGAGCUAUAAAUUCUGGCUUUUGCUCCAUCUGCACCAGGUCUUCAGCAUACAUCUGAGCACACAGUUUUAGCUGUACGUUUGAUGCCAGGAACAGCAGCAGUCAGGCCUCAGGCUGAAAUCCCACACUGCUCAACCUUCCACUGACUUUACACCCCUCCGACCCACUCAGGUUAAUCAGAAGAGAGACCAAAUCUCUUCACUUUGGACUCUGAGCUUGUCAAUCCCACUGGGAAAGUGCUCUGCUGUUCUGUGUUUCCAGCUACCACGAUGCUGAUUCUGUUCCACCGCUAACUUGUAAUAUGUUUUGCUUUCCUUGUAAAAAGAAAAAAAAAAACAAAAGCAAUGUCAUGCUUUCUACCCUGUGAAAGUUCCUAUGCUGUUGGUUGCUUGCUUUCUCAUUUUCACUGUAUUGUACUGUUACUCCUUUCUGCAAAAUGGUGCUAAUUGCUUACCGAGCUCCUGUCUUCUGACUGCUUUGCACACCGAUCACCUGCUUCUUCAUUUGCAACGCGUCUGCUGUGAAAACAUGGCUCCCAUGAAUUCCACAAACUCUUGCCUCUUGGAGGCAGAUAGGAAGUGUCUAAUUAAUAUUUUGUGGCCUGGGUUUGGUUGCAUAUCACAGGUUGUCUCUUGUAACGUGUGAAGCACACCUCUUCGUGGUGCUUUUUCAUUCUUGCUGUUCGUAUGAGAAUGACACACACACACACACACACACACACACACACACACAAAUUAAUGUAUAGCCAAUUGAUUGUGACGUGCUUGUGAUCUUUGCUUGCUCAAAGGGUUUUUUUUCCAAUGAUAAAUAAAUGCUAAAGACGAAUACCACCUCCUUGAUCUUGUUUUCUCGAUAAGAAGCACAGUUAAGUGAAAUACCCUUCCAACCAUAAUCAGAUUUGUGUUGCUAGAGCUGCCACUUCCAUGCCUGCCAUAGGGACAACUGAGCUGUUGCAGCCUGGCUCCCUGUAGAGGGCUGCUGCCCUCAGCCUAGGCUGCCCCAAGAGCUAAGCGUUUGCAGAGGUGAAGAUGGACAGUGAAGUCGUGUGGACGGAGCAGGUAGUUUGCUUUCAUUUUCUCUGUACCCAUGGCGUGUCGAGCAGAGGGUUUAUUUGGUGAGUGCCACGCAUGCAGGGUUGUGUCCACAUUGCGUUGCAUCAGGGAGCAGAAACCACCAAGAGCUGGAGGGAGGGGAGAUGCUGUGGCCCCGUGGGUUUUAAUGACUUGCCUUUUCCCAACUGCCUGCAGCUUUUGCUUGCGCCCCAGACCACCUGAAGGACCCACAAGAGGUCAAAGGGCUGUGAGUCCUUGCUGAAAGGAGAUUGGAAAUGCUUGGGUUGAGCCCUUUCAGCAUAUGGCCAGGCACUUGGCAGCAUCUGUGGUAGUGCAGAACGCUGAUUGAUGUACAAAUGGCAAUGCUGACUAUAUGGAGAAAGUGUUGAUUAAGAGGAAAACAGGGCUGAGGGCGCAGCUUGGUUUCAAAUGGUGAAGUCUGCUCUUAGUUUCAUCUGUUUUUUUUUUUAAUUUACCCGUAAGCUCCUACCUGCAGUUCUUAUUUUUAGCCAUAUUUUCUCUUUCAGUGGAUAUUCCAAUAACAUCCCCGCUCACCUGGGAAUAAUUGUCUGCUUUGGGGCUGUCUCUUGAAAUCUCUCCUCCAGCAUUGCACUUCUGUCUUCCGUGAAGCACCAACUCUCUACUGCAUUUCUGUUUCUGGGUGCUAUUUUCCAUCUCUCUCUGGUUUACAAGUCACUUUCUGACUUUAUUCUACCCAUGUGACUACAUGCUGUUUUCUGAUGUCGUGCUGUAUCAACAUGCCUUCCCUCUCCCUUCUCCACCAGCUUCAUCUGCUCAUCUAUCAUGCAUACCUACAUGAGUUCUGGAGUGUUUCAGUUGAGCUGUAGGUCCUGGGAUUCAUCAUUUCACCCCUCCAUAGCUGGAACUGGAGAAAACGUUCACUGUUAAAGACUGGUCAUUGAUGGGGCUUGUCUGUGAAUACCAAAACAUGUUUCCACCAAGAUGCAAAGGUAGAGUGUGGAUAUGUCAUCCACCUGGUCCCUCCCAGCCACCCACAAUCAGUGCUAUAAGAUGUGCCCUCGCUGCCCUGUUGCUCUCUGAACUUGCUCAUCAUCACAAAGCCUGCACCUGGAGGGCAGGAUGCUUUGCUAGGAGACAAGGACUGAUAGGGUUGAUGAUGGGCAUGGAGACCUGGGAUCCCUGUUCUUCAGUCAUCCCUGUCUGCAUCAACUGCUGCCAUCUAACUUGUUAGUCUUUGCCAGGCCAUUAGUGACUGGCACUGCCCACCAGUUUUCAAAGGCUGUUAUGAGUGGUAUCACUACAAAGUGCUGGAAAGGAGUUACUAAAAAUUUGGCCGAGGUCAAAGGAUGAGUAUGAAUCAUCUGCUGAUGUUGUGUCAGCCCUUAUACCAAAACGGCCUCUUGUUUCUCAGUAUCCUUUGGAUUUCGGGUUUAUUUAGAGCUGUGCCACUGCAGGGGCAUUUUAGGAAGUUGUCUCUGCCAUAGCUGGUAGCCUUUGGCAUCCAGGGAAUAAUCACCAAUCCCAACAGCACAUCAGCAUGAAAUGAAGAGGAGAAGUAAAGAAAGGAAUUCCCUGGUAUGACUGUGAAGACGUGACAACGUUCAGCUCUAAGAACAUCUCUAAGACCUCUUGCAUUGUUGCAAAAUACUGUGAUGUGCAGACACCGACUCCAGCUCUCUUGGUAAGUUUGAUCCCGUUGGGGUUUUAACAGCCUACUUCCAUUUGCUCUUAUUCACAUGAGCCUUCUGGGUGGGAAGUGAUUCCACUAAUGUGACUGGGUCUGCUCCCAAGCUCAGCUGCUGGCUGUGAGGGCCUCACAGCUCUGAGCACUUCAGGACUGGACAUUUUCUGUGGAACGGGGAGAUUGCUUGUGACCAAUGUUUUUUUCUGUUGCAGGAUACCCUGGAAACAGUUCCCUAAUCAGGGCUGUCAUGUGGAGGAGAUGUGAGCCUAAGGAUACAAAGAAAGCCUGUUAAUGGAUGGAAGGCAUCUUCAUGCUCACUAAAAUGCCAGUUCUCCCUGCAGGAUGUCUGCUCCACAGAAACCAGCAGCACGGACCAGCUGCCAAAAAAAUGAUGGAUGAGGAGCAGUGGCAGACUAGGAGUCUGGUCUUGCUCAGGGGCGUGUGAGAGUACAGAGGCAUCAUAACCAUUCCCUCAAUGUUGAUUAUUGAGUGAGAGAUGGAAAAGGGGGAACAUUUCCAAACUCCUCUUAUUGUCAUCAGCCCACCUCCUUCCCUCCCACAACCUGAGCCAUGCUGCAAUCCCCAGCCCCUCUGAAGAACCAGUUCUUCCCAUAUUUCUUUGGGGGUCAGAGACCUACGUGCCUUUCCUGUCUCUGAGGUCUGGGUCCCAGCCAGGGGUGGGGAGCAUCCUCCAUAGGCACGGUAGAAAGGAGCUCAUCAUACAGUGGCAGUCGGGUCUGCCCCAGUUAACCAAGCAGCUCCCAGGAGCACUUGAUGGUGCCAGUACCCAGUGGACAAGGUAAUCUAUCCUGAAAGCAGUCCCUGGUUGUGAGUCUGACCUGCUCUGAGCCUGGUUCAGGAUUUACUACCCAACUGAGGACCAAUUUGGCUGUGGCCACCUUGUUGUACUCCAAAAGAUUUGUCAGCUGUGACACAACCAGCAGGCACCUUUUAUGGAUCAGUGCUUUGGGGCAGUGGGUGUCCAAUCCAAUGCUUCUUUGAAGCUCUGGAAUGGGCUGCCCAGGGAAAUAGUGGAGUCUCCACUCUUGGAGGUGUUUAAAAGAUGUGUAGAUGUGGUGCCUGGGGUCAUGGUUUGGUGGUAGAUGGCAGUGCUGGGUUAAUGAUAGUAACCGAUGACCUUAGAGGUCUUUUCCAACCUUAAUGAUUCUAUUCUAUUUUCCCUUCAUCUUUUCACUGUCUGUCCCACAACAGCUUCCCCAACCCUUUCCCACCAACUCUCUCCCACUUCCAGAUCCUAUCUCCUCCAGGGCUUCCUAAAUACCCAGCUUCACCAGGAACCUUCUCCUUCCAUCCUCCCCAAGUUAUUGCUGUCUCAUGUUUGGUCUCGUCUCUCUUGGUCUGUAAGCCUUUUUCUUUGCUGUACUGUGCAGUAACGUGCUCUGCUUGGAAUAAACAAUACCUCACCAACCGACUGCCCUUUCUCAUUUCUUGGUGUGGCUUCAGUAGCUGUGUCUGCAGUGCAUUUUGUCUGUCCUUGUGGCCAGUUCAGCAGUCGGUCUUGCUACCACAGCUCUACCUGUAGUCUUUUGGGAUGGCUCUGCUCAUUUGUUGUGCUGUGGUACCUUUUUUUUUUUAAUUAUAAUUUACAGCCUCAGUGACAAGUUUUGUUGUCUAUUUGGGAGCCCAUCGUGUUCAGGGCACCAUGACUUCCCGUCCUUCUCAGUUUUGGUGCAUCUGAUAAGAGUUUGACUUUUCUCCAGUCUGUGCAGAGAUGUCCUGGGCUGGCAGGUGACACAACAAAUGCAGCAACGUAGGAAAAUAAGGGAGAAGUCUUGUUGCUCAGAGCAGAAGAAGCUGAUGUUAAGAAAUUUUUUUUUUUCUGUAGUUCGGGAGAAGCUGGUGCAAAAGGAAAUGUUUCUCAGCACAAUACAGAAAACAGUGAGCAGAAGUGGAAAGCUAAGCAGAUAUCGCUCUUAGGGGAAGAAAGAGAAGCUGGCUGAGCAGCAGGAGAUGUUUCAGAGAUGGAUGCACAGGAGGCUUCUUGAGGACCAGAAGAUGCCCUGAACAUCAGCUCCUUCCAUCCCAGAC